AAGUGAACAGGAAAAGCCGACGGUUAUCACGCCCAUGCAGAUGGCGGACGUCAACGUACAGGCAACACCGCGACUUCUGUAUCGUUCGAUCUGCGUAGACCUGUGCAGCUGCCGCGGGAUGUAGCAGCGUUUUCUGCUGUGGGAUUUUCUCUCCUGUUGUUAGACAACUGCACGGACGUGUCGGAAUGCAUGUCAUUACUUUCUUGGCGGCAAAGAAAGGGUUUUAGCUGGAAAAAAAAACUUUUAAAAAUAUAUAUUAAAAAAAGAAAAGGGAAGACUCGAUCGCUGACCUAUGGAUACACGAUACAUCUUGUAGCUGUUCGUGGGAUGUUGUUGAAGUCUUCACCAGGUUUCCUUGACCGCGCCUUGGAGGAUCUCAGAGACGUGAGAUAAUGUUUGUAUGUUCGCUACUUCAUGUAACAACUUCCUAAGUGAAGAUCUUUUCUGCCAGUUGUUCCGUGUCACCAAAACCCCAUUUUGUCGGAGACAGGGGCAUGAGUUUAGUAGCAAAGGUUAGGUAAGGUUAACGUGCUGGAACACGUAGCUGGAGUGGUGCCCACUUACUCGUCGGUCUGAUCACGUAGAAACGACGUAGAGAUGAUCAUUAAGCCUAUCAGUAUAGCGGCGUACGUCUUGACGGUUGUGGCUGUGAUCCUACUGCUGGCAGCCUUUAUCCCACCGAGUUGGUGCGUUGUCUACAGGCCCAACAUGGCGGACCAGCGCUGGCACGGGCUGUGGUCACAGAAGAAGUGCGACAGCGACGGCGACUGCAAGACGAUCGCCACUGGUUUCGAGAUCGAAGGAGGCCGAGAGUUCUUCUUUAUCGUCAAGAUCUUCCACCUUCUGGCGCUGGUGCUGGCGGCCCUGGGACUGCUACUACACACUGUAUAUCCGUGCGCAAGUCCCGCCUGCGGCAGGUCGUUAUCUACACGCUGGGCGCAGCAGGCCUAUUCCUGCUUCUCUCUGCCAUCAUCUUCGCCGCCAUGGUCGGUCGUCUGCGGGAUGGCGGCUCCCAGAGUGUGGACCUGGGCCCCUGCUUCCCGCUGUCACUGCUGGCCGCCAUUGUGUCGCUGACUGCCUCAGCCAUGACCGCGUGGGCGUCUGUGCGCAAGGCCAACAAUGCCGACGACGACAUGGAUGAGGCUCCCAUGAUGAUGAAGAGCGACCAGUAGUCCGGGGCUGCUCAGCGCAUGCGCAGAGCUCCCGCCACAGAGGACAGCCAACUGUCGCACCCAGACUUUUCCCGCGGUGCAGUGACUGUCUUCGCAAGGCCCUUCUUAAAAGGAUAAAUAUUGAUAAAGCACUUAGCAAGUCUGGCAAAUGUUUUAUAUGACUGUCUAGUAAAAGUUUUGUCAAACUUGCUCAAAUGUUCGUCUGUAUUAUAUUUGGCCGGCUUACAAAGGAGCAGACUACUUCAAGAACAGUGUAGAAUCGGAGUGCUUGCCAUCAUAAAAAAAGACUUUUGUUCAUCCUGUUUGCUGUGUCUGUAACCAGAUAUGGAACUUCUUUAAGCAUGUUCAUUUGCUACAUAAACAAUGUUGCAUGCAAUGAACCAUUGCUUGAUGCAAUAUACAAGGUCUAUAAGAGAUAGUGGCGGAUAUAGCGACCCAAAGACGGUAAUUUACAGUAUAAUUACUGGGGAACGUGAACUGUGUAAAAACAUGAUCACCAGUUGAUAUCGGGUUUCUAACAAAGAUAUGUUGACUUCUCUGGUUAAAACAAAUGUUGUAGCGUGUCAGAAGUCUAGGGAAAUAGAUGUCGGUCAGAAUUUAGUAUUGAUGAUUGAUGAUUGAUUGCAGAGGACUGGAUAGCCACCACAUCGAAAAGGUCUCUCUGGAAAUAACCAAUAUCCCAAAUGAAAUUAAAUAAAUGCCGAGACUCAGUCAAAGAA